CUUCAUCAUUGAUAGUGAUCCUCUUCCCCCGAAAUCAUCACAACACAAGUCGGCGACACAUCUCACUUGCCACAAAGCUCCUACUGUCCGAAAUCAUCAAAACAAAAGUCAGCGACAAGUCUCGUUCGUCACGAAGCUCCUGCUCUUUGUCAGGUUACUCACCAUCAUCAUGGGCUGUCCACCUGUCACUAGGCACGAAGUCGAAGAGGUCAUCAAGAAUUUUCCCCAAUUACCUUCUCUUGAUGAAAAGUUCUGUCUAUACAACCUUCCACGAGUGUAUCUAAGAUGCUGCAAGGAGCACCGAUUUUCCAUGAAACACCUCCUCGCGUUCAGAGAAGUCUACGCCGACAACAUCUACGAGAACCUUACCACUUUGAGUGAAAUUUGGGGGCGUCAUGCUGCCACCAUCCACAAGCGAUGGUCCCGAAAGUAUGAUGUACAGAAAAGGAAGGGCUACCUCAAGGCUGUGUGGCCAUUCAUAUCCGAAAUCCACCGACCGGACAUCGAAGCGGCUCAUCAGCUUAAGGUUGGUAGAUUGACAGAAGCUCCACUUGAAGCCUGCCUAUGGCCACACCUCAAUUUGGAAGACCUGGCCAAAGCAGAGCCUUUGAUCUGGAUGGUGAACUCGAGACUCCAGGCUUUCCCCAGUGCUUUCGCCGAUGUCGACCACAGCUUUUGCACAUAUGCCCUGGUGAACGAUUUAGUGCCUUCUUAUACUGAAGUCAGCAAAGACUUCCAAUCCCACCAAUUGAUAUUGCGGGACAAAACCUGCCCUUGCCAUUACGGAGAACUUGCCGAGAACAAGGAGAAGGAUUGCGGUACCGACUGCAAUUUCAAUACGAACGUGGACGACGCAAUCAUUAUCCUUCAAAUUCAGCAAAGAGUCUAUCAGUUCCUUGUUAGCAUUUGCCGUCAGAUCCUGCAGGAUGUCACUAAGGCAGGAAAGGACCUGAUACAAGACUUUGAGGCUUUAGAAAAGCCACCCGUGUUCGAACUCGAAACUGGGAACCUCACAUCAUUGGAAGCAGCUGCGAUCCGUGCUCCAUACCGUGUACCGGUCAAGAUCGAUAUCCAGAGAAUGGUAGAUAUGGUCAAAGCGAAGAAGCAUGCGGCUGAAGACCAUCUGCAGUCGAUAAGAGAAGACCCUGCUUACUUCGAAGCGACUCUGAAGAAUUGGAGCGAGCACAGCGUCGAGCGCUACGAACCGCACCUGGCCGAAGAUGGCUCUCGACAUUGGAUAAAGUUCAAGUCGUGGAAUUGGGGCGAUGAACUGAUUGGUAAAUGCAUCGCUGGCGCUUUGUACUGGUCCGAGAUGUGGCGCGAACUCCUGCAUCGAAUUCGUCUUUUUCAAGACGCUCUUGACCAGAAACUCGACCCGAAAGUUGACCGCGUUCAUAGACAGCUUCCUGAGUACAUCAGAAAGCAGCUUGAGGGGCUGCUACCAUACCUUAUUCAUUUCGAGAGCGACCAGGUAAAGCUUGUGGUGUCCUCAUUCCUCGUAGCGCCCGGAGUCAGGGCUCACUACAUGGAGGACAACAUAUCACGCGUCAAUUCGAAGGACCACAAGCACAUAUCAAAAGUGUUUGACUUGCUAAUGGCGCUGGUCAGUCCUGAAAAGAGCUUGGGCGGCCUCAGUUCAUGGGGCAUGCUCGACCAACUAGAGCGGCUUCGGAAAAAGGACCCCAUAGUACAGAAGGGUAUUACGCCCCAUGUUGCUAAACUCCUAUCUGACCUAUCGGUCAUCAGCGAAUGCAAUCGCCAGGUAAUGCUCUUCCAGCCCUGGACUGGUCAAAUUUUGGACGACCUCGCGCAUCGAUGUGACUUGGGCGAAAUCACAGGGGCUGAAUUCAAAAGCUGGGAAGAGAGCGUUUCAGGUUUGAUCAUGCGCCAUAUGAGUCCAGAGCUGGUAAAGCUAGCAACGCCAGAAGAAAAGCGGUUUCAUUACCCGACACAUAAGCGACGCACCAAAGAAGUUGUUGCUCAGCUGCAACUGGCCGAGAUCAACUUGGCGAACUUUUAG